AUGCUGCUUUCCAUUCGAACCCAUAGCCUUCCGGGACGAGGACGAGGACGAGAUGCGCCGGUCGCGGGCUUCAUCCGUCUUAGGCGACACCACCACGUCGUCUGCAGUUCAAGUAGACACUUCCCCUUGCUGACGUCGCGCCGGUGGCAGUCUACAGGCGCCAUCGCCAGCGACAACAGAGGCGAUGAUAAUCGCAAAAGCCUCGCUCUCCCCUGCCAGCCUCGCUUCAACGAGAUUGGCGUCCAACAGUUGAGCGACCGCAUCUAUCAGCAGCUGUUUCCCCGCGGAAACACGUGCCCUCCAUCCCCCAAAUUGAUUGAGCUUGCGCGCGACCAUCUGCAACGUCAUGACCUGCUCGGCAAGAACACCGACAAGAACCCUCCGAUCGCCUUUGAUCUUCCGCCAUUGGCUGGCGAGACCCUCGAUGAGCACUUCUACAAGCUCGGUGUUGAUUGCGCCGAGCCAUUUCUCACGCUCGCCAAGGAGUUUGCCAACAAGUCAUUGCCGCCAAUGCCGAAGUCAUGGGUGCGCCAAAGUGGAUGGACAAAGUACUACCCCGAUGGACGCACAGAACGCGUCGAUGCCCCCGAAGGCCAACUGCUGUCUUUCGACACUGAGGUCAUGUGGAAGGAGAGCCCGUUUGCCGUCAUGGCUUGCGCUGCCACCCCCGAAGCGUGGUACGCAUGGCUGUCGCCAUGGCUGCUCAAAGAAACCGACAACGACCACCAGCUGGUCCCUCUUGGCGACCCGACCAAGGAGCGGGUGAUUGUUGGGCACAAUAUCGGUUUCGAUAGGGCCAGGAUCUUGGAGGAGUACAGUCUGCAGCAGUCGAGGAACUGCUUUCUUGAUACCAUGUCCCUCCACGUCGCUGUCAACGGUAUGUGUUCUCAACAGCGGCCGACGUGGAUGAAGGCGAAGAAGAACAGGGAGCUGCGAGAUAAGAUCGCUAAAGAGUCAAACAACCUCGAACUUGUUCAUUUACUCAAUAAUGGCGCCUUUACCGCUGAAGAGGAGGAGUUGUGGGUUGAGAGGAGCUCUAUCAACUCCCUCCGUGAUGUUGCCCAGUUCCAUCUUGAUAUCACGAUCGAGAAAGAACUCCGCGAUUCCUUCGGAGAGCUGGACCGAGAUGGUGUGCUGGCCAAGCUGGACGAACUUCUCACAUAUUGCGCGAUCGAUACGGACAUCACGCAUCGCGUCUAUAAGGCGGUGUUCCCCAACUUUCUCAGUACCUGUCCUCAUCCUGUCAGUUUUGCGGCGCUCCGCCACCUCGCGUCCGUGAUCCUGCCUGUUAAUAAAUCUUGGGAUGCCUACAUUGCCAACGCCGAAGCCACAUACCACAGACUUUCCGAUGCUGUUCAGGAGCGCCUGAUCUUCCUGGCCGAGAAAGCACUGGAAAUCAAGGACAAGCCCGAAGUUUAUCAAAACGAUCCCUGGAUGAAGCAGCUGGACUGGUCGGGCCAGGAGAUCAAGAUGGUCAAAGGAAAACGGAAGGGCGACCCACCACGUCCCGCAGCGAGGCAAAAGAAACCAGGAAUGCCUCAGUGGUAUAAGGACUUGUUCGCAACCAAUGAUUCCCCAAUCAACAUUACCGUUCGAACACGGAUAGCACCACUACUCUUGCGCCUGUCCUGGGACGGCCAUCCACUGUUUUGGUCCAACGCCCAUGGCUGGACUUUCCGAGUUCCCCGCGGUCAGAGUAAAAAGUACGAGGAUAAGUUGAUGACUCCCUGUGAGUUCCCGGAUGAGGCAGACAAGCACUUGAGGGAAGACAUGGACCAUGUCUACUUCAAGCUACCGCACAAGGAUGGUCCCACAGCUCGGUGUGUCAACCCGAUGGCCAAGGGCUAUCUCUCUUAUUUUGAAAAGGGAACCUUGUCGUCCGAAUAUCCGUAUGCAAAAGAGGCGCUCGAGAUGAACGCCUCUUGCUCGUACUGGAUCAGUGCGAGAGACCGGAUCAUGUCCCAGAUGGUGGUCUAUGAAGACCAAUUACCUCCGUCCAUGACUACCGCCCUUCCAAAGCCUUCCCAGCCACAACCGAGCGAUGAAAAACAUCCCAAUGAGACCUCGGUCUGCGGCUUUAUUUUGCCUCAGGUUAUUCCUAUGGGUACCAUUACACGCCGUGCGGUCGAGAACACCUGGUUGACGGCCUCAAAUGCCAAGAAGAAUCGUGUCGGGUCGGAGCUCAAGGCCAUGGUUCGCGCGCCGCCAGGAUAUGUCUUUGUUGGCGCUGAUGUCGACUCUGAAGAGCUGUGGAUUGCCUCGGUGGUUGGGGAUGCCACUUUCCGACUCCAUGGCGGCAAUGCCAUCGGUUUCAUGACGCUCGAAGGCACGAAGGCUGCUGGGACGGAUCUGCAUAGCCGAACAGCAUCAAUUCUGGGCAUUACUCGCAACGAUGCCAAGGUUUUCAACUACGGCCGCAUAUACGGCGCCGGUCUCAAAUUCGCGGCCCAGCUUUUGCGGCAGUUCAACCCGAGCUUGAGCGAGCAGGAGACGAUGGACAUCGCCAGCAAGCUUUACGCAAGCACUAAAGGCACCAAGACUAAUCGCAAAGUGCUGUACAAGCGCCCCUUCUGGCGUGGAGGCACCGAGUCAUUUGUUUUUAACAAGUUGGAAGAAUUUGCUGAGCAGGAACGGCCACGCACCCCCGUCCUCGGUGCCGGCAUCACCGAAGCCCUGCUGGGCCGCUUCAUCCGCAAGGGAGGAUACCUCACCUCGCGCAUCAACUGGGCCAUCCAGUCGAGCGGUGUGGACUAUCUACACCUGCUGAUUGUGGCCAUGGACUACCUCAUCCGGCGUUUCAACCUGGCUGCACGCCUGGCCAUCACGGUCCACGAUGAAAUCCGCUAUCUUGUUCAGGAACACGAUAAAUACCGUGCCGCGAUGGCGCUUCAGGUUGCCAACCUCUGGACGCGUUGCAUGUUUGCUCAGCAGGUUGGCAUCCACGACCUUCCACAGAGCUGUGCCUUCUUCAGCUCAGUGGAUAUCGACCAUGUUCUGCGCAAGGAGGUUGACAUGGAUUGCGUCACACCGAGCAACCCUAACCCAAUCCCCCCAGGCGAGAGUAUCGACAUCCAUACGCUACUUGACAAAGGUGAUUUGGCUCGGUUAGAUGAGAAUAUCGAGCCAGACCCGAAGUACGCGCCAAAGCUGGACGGCAUUCACUACGUCCCGCGCAAGCCGGUCAUGGAGGAGCUCCGCGAGGCAGAGUGCGGGGGUGACCCGGAGGCUGAAAUCAGGUUCAUUCGCGCACAGAUCUGUAACGAUGAAGAUGAGCUCCGUGAGAUUCUCAGGGACGCCCGCAAGGCUACUCCCCUGGCGGGUGUGUUCAACGUGAAGGCUGCUGGCGGCGGCACUUCGUCCUCGUCGAACAUCUCGUCGAUUGGAACAUCUAUGUUGAGGAAGCCCUUUACCCCUUACUCCACCGGGAAGGUUCCUGGCCUGCCACCUCAGCGCGAGCCCGUGUUUGUGACAGAGGCUUGGAAUAGUAGUCGGUUUGACAAGUGGAAAUAUGGCAGCAAUGCCAGGCCACCCAAGCCCAUUGCUCCAGUCAACACUAAGCUCGGGGAUAUGUGCUUUAGGUCUUGA